ACCAACAUGUGUUCCACGACCCAGCAGGAGCACAGCGCCGUUGCAAAGCGUAUCGCCGUGUUGGUGUUUACAACUUUAUAUCGUCGGCUGUGGUCUUGUGCAACGCGUCGCAUUGUUUUGCUCCUCUCUCUCCAACAGGAGUAACCACUGAUCAUCACCAUGCCAGCAAUGCCAGCAGGAAGCAUCUAUCAGCAAGGUCAAGGACCAAGCUGCUGGGACAGGGUCAAGCUUGGUUUUAUGAUGGGCUUCUCGGUGGGUAUGGCAACUGGAGCACUCUUUGGUGGGUUCACUGCUCUUAGGUAUGGGCUGCGUGGCCGUGAACUCUUGAACAAUGUGGGCAAGGUAAUGCUUCAGUCUGGUGGCACGUUUGGCACCUUCAUGUCCAUUGGUGCUGGCAUCAGAUGCUGAGGGCACAAAACGUGACUGACUUUAGAUUUGUGUUUCUUUUCUAAUUUGUGAUGACUGUGGAAUACUGCUGAAGGCUGAUUGGAGUAUACAGGUUAUGACUCAGCAUGUAUAUUAGGUAAACUGAGUUUAUUUAUAGUGAUUUAGAGGAGUUACUAAUAAAAUUGGUGCAAUGAAGUAGAUAGUUUAUUACGGGAUGACAUUGGUAGUGUUAUGUGAUGAUAAUCGAAAAACUUAAUGGGCAAGAUAUGUACUAUGUUAAGAUUUCAGAAUAUAGAAUUUAUGCCUUUCAAUACAGAAAAUGCAGUCUUCAUAAAUGGAAGUACAAUCUUCUUGAACUGAUGUUUACAUUUAUCAAAUCAGGACACCAACUAAACUUUUUUUUCAUUGCAGGGUGUAGUAUUAUGAUAGGGUAUUGGAAGUCAUGGCCUGAAAUGUCAUGUGUGAAUUGCUGUAUUGACAUUCAUCUAAGGCAGUGUAUAAUUUAGAUUGAUUGUUUUCUUCAGCAGUAUUUGUUUUUCAUGGAAAAAGAGCUUAUUGAUAGGGUAAAUGGAGAGAAGUGAAAAUGAAAGAUGUUACAGUGACUCCUCUGAAAAUAUUGUUAUAUGAGAUUUUUAAUAUUUGAUGGAUGAAACUUGUACAUUAUCUUAAGAAUGACUUUCUUUAUACUUUUCCAAAAUUACAUUAAUGUAAUGAAUUGACUUUGUGUAUUUACAGUUUACAGUGCAUGUUAACAGUGCAUUGAUCAUCUUUCAGGGUUUACAUUUUAUGUUCAUAAUUCACAAUUAGCUCUAACUAGGAGCUAAGCGGUAUAAGAUGUAAUUUUUGAAUUGAUUAAAAUGUAUAUAUAUGUG